AUGGAUAUUUUCGUAUCUCAGCUCCCGGGGCUCUCUGUUGCUACGCAUCUAUCGAGAGAGCUAGCAAAGGACGACGACGAGAAUAUGCCCGACAACAAAAGCUGGCGCUUGGGACACAGCAAGCAGCCAAAGAAGCCUCCGAGAACAUCUACCCCGCUCAAGAUUGACGUCGACACUCCUGUAGGCACCGAUGAUUCGAGCGACCGUCGGCUUCAACUUACCUGGCGGAAGACGCGGCAGAGCAGCAGACCACAGACUCCUGUAGGCGGUGCGCACACCACGCCUAUCGCCGAAGACGCAGAUGACGCACCAAGCGAACGUUCAGAUACCCCAGCCCUACGUCGAGACUCGAAGCCCAAGCUCGCUCGCUACACGUCGCUCUUCGCCAAUUUCAAAGAGACAGCCAAAGAGCCCGAGUUCGCGUUUUCUGCGCCAUGGGGUGAAGAUGCACCAGCGCCCUUCCAGACCUACAUAGACCCGCUCGACGUCGUAACAUCUGUCCGAUCGCAUAUGAUAACAGCUUCUUGGCCGAUACCGAUGGAGCAUAACAGCGGCCUCUUCCGUGUGUUUGAGGACUAUCGCAAGGUACGAGAGCAGAAGGAGUGUCUCAGUACAAUGCUGGAGGAGACACUCAAUGAUUGGAGAAAGGCCGAAGAGCACUGGACACGCUCAAGAGAUCGUUAUGGGGCGGAGAUACGGCGCUUAGAGUUACUCAUAGCUCGUGGGGCCAGUGGCAUGACUGGCAAGACCAUCUCGCACGACAGCUUCCCGCCGAAAUACGACUUCUUCUCACACGCGCAACUUGACCAGGAGAUCAAGUUAAUGAGUCAGAGAGCGCUUCUGAACCGGCCGUCGUCACCCUCUGGAAAGAUGGCCGUCCUGUCCACGCAGUUCACCAACGACAUGGAAGAGUUACCUGUGGGGAACCCACCGCAAACCACCAAGAAUCUUACAUUGUCGCGCAAAGUCCAGAGCGAGCUCAAUCUCGUUGCCAUUCAGAAGACGAGGCCCUCUCGAUCUUUCACUAGUUCUGUCGCUUCUGGCUUCUCAGGAGGAUCUGGCGACCCUUUGCCUGACGAGAUGACGAUUCUGGAGCACACCGGCAUGGAGCCAGCUACCGAAUGCGAAGCUCUUAUCGCUCUUCGGGCACUCGGUACACUUGUCGCAAGACGUCGAGGUCUAGAGGUGAACAGCUUCAAUCAUGGUCUCAUGAUGCUGUUCUCGCAGACUAGAUCGGCAGAGAAGUUGACAGCACAUGUCGAAGAGAAUGAUACCCAGACCCCACGUCAAAAAACCAGCUCUGACAAUGGAACCCCCAACUCAACACAAGCCAAAAGCAUCGCCGACAGUUCUCUUUCGAGCCUGGGGCUGACCAGCUUGAAGCACUCACGGAGGAAUUGA